AUAUUAGAUAAGUGCUAUAUGAAUUAAAAGUCCUAACAUAGAUAAUUUAUUACUGUUGUGAAACCCUGGGGUGAACGCACGUCUUAUAUUGGAUCGUACACCAGUGAGUCUAAUAAUUAUAAAUUUGUUUUCGGACUCAAUUAAAUAUAAAAUGACCAAGAUUGUAUGGAUGCUAUUAACUUGUGUCGCCCUGACCGACGCAUACAGAAUACUGGUAGUCUUCCCAUUCCCUGGUAAAAGUCAUGGUAUACUGGGAGAUGGCUUCGUGAGACAUUUUUUGGCAGCCGGUCAUGAGGUGACGUAUAUCACACCGUUCCCAAAAGAGAAGCCUCGGCCUAACCUGCGCGAAGUAGACGUCAGUUCAAAUAAAGUCAUUUUGCCUCCUAGUUUGCUAAAUGUCCAAGGACUGAUGGAUAACAAAGUAGACUUCACAAACAAGGACUUAAUCUUCCGAUUGAUGUUCAAUAUUACUUCCACUACCCUUCAAAAUGACUACGUGCAGAAGCUGAUUGAAGACACGAACCAGCAGUUUGAUGUCGUUGUAGUGGAAUGGAUGUUCAGCGAAGCUUCUUGCGGGUUUGCAGCAGUUUUCAACUGCCCGUGCAUUAUGUUUUUCCCAUUCGAGAAUCCUAAAGAUAUUUUGGCUCUAAUAGAUGAGCCCCCAAACCCCGCAUAUACUCCCGUAUACUCGUUGAGGCUUAAACCUCCCUUCAGUUUUUCACAGAGAAUUUUGUCUUUGUGGUCACAUUUAAAAGAUUAUUACACAUGGAUAUCUAAGCGCAGUGACCAAAGUGUGUUCUACGAAAGUGCAUUCAAAUCCGCUUUAACGAAAAGGGGACGACCUUUACCAUCACUCGAGGAGAUGAAUAAUAACAUAUCUCUAGCGUUAGUGAACUCGCAUGUCUCAUUAGGAUUAUCAUUGAGAGUACCCUACAACUACAUUAACAUCGGAGGAUAUCAUAUUGAUACAAAUGUAAAGCCCUUACCAGAGAACUUGAAAAAGAUCAUGGACAACGCUAAAAAUGGCGUCAUAUACUUCAGUUUGGGUUCCAACCUGCAAAGUAAGGAUUUGCCUUAUGACGUCAAGAAAGGAUUGUUAUAUGUCUUCCGUGGAUUGAAACAAACUGUUCUGUGGAAGUUUGAAGAAGACUUUCCAGAUUUACCUAAGAAUGUUCAUAUCCUAAAUUGGGCUCCUCAACCAAGUAUUCUAGCUCAUCCCAAUUGCAUUUUGUUCAUAACCCACGGUGGGCUGCUCUCUACUACUGAAACUGUCCACUUCGGUGUUCCCAUAAUUGGGAUCCCAGUCUUCGCGGAUCAGUUCCUCAAUGUCGAUGAAGCCGUCCACCGGGGCUUCGCUAAGCGAGUCGAUCUAUCGUACACUAUGGCUGACGAUCUCAAACUAGCUAUCGACGAUAUCUUAACAAAUCCAAGGUACACUCAAAGGGCAAAGGAGCUGUCUAUGAUCUACCACGACCGGGUCGUACCUCCGGGCACGGAGAUGCUCCACUGGGUGGGACAUGUGGUGCGCACGCGCGGAGCGCGGCAUUUGCGCUCACCUGCGAGCUCCCUGCCCUUGUACCAAAAGUGGUACUUGGACUUUGCCGGCCUAGUAAUCGUAGCUUUAACGUUACUCCUGGCUAUCAUCAAACUACUGAUCUCAACUUGUUUUUCAAGUAAUAACGCAGAUUUACGAAAAAAAACAAAUUAAUGAUUAGAAUACAAAUACAAUGCUGUCGCUUAAGUCUUAGGUAAUUAAAACGGCGUGCUAAGUUAAAUGAAAAUGCCUAGUAUAAAACUUGUACACACUGGUCGAUCUAGCUAGGCAACAUUAUUUUGUGAUUGCUAAGUGAUAUUUAACUACGAGAAUUUUGAUCCAAGUACUCAGAUAGGUAAUUGUGUCUGUAAGAACAGAAAUAUACUUGAAUAUUAUUUACAAAAUUGUUGUGGUAACUGUUAAGCUUUAUAAACGGUUAAUAAAGGUUAUGUUACAUA